CAUCUCAUUCGCCAUUUUUCUCUCCUCUCCACCAAAAACAAAAUUCUUUUCCUAAUUCCCUCUGUAAACAAAACAAUUACCAUCUCUUUCUUUUUUUCUCUUUCUAUCACCACCUCCACCACCACGACACCAUUACCAGCCUAUCCUGUUUCUGAUCAACGGCGGGAUGGUACCCCGUCGUCUGCUAUCGUGUUUCGGACGAGGUUCUAAUUCGAAAGCAAAGAACCCGACAGCAUCAGACCACCAUGCAACAACGCAUGAUCAGACGACGGAAGAACAACGUAGAGGGGGACCGGUGGUCGUAGAAUUGUUUUCAUCACAAGGUUGUGCUACUUCACCGGAAGCAGAACUAUUAAUAUCAAGAUUAGGAAGAGGAGAUUUUAAGGAUGAACUUGAUGUACCAAUAAUAUUGUUAUCAUUUCAUGUUGAUUAUUGGGAUUAUAUGGGUUGGAAAGAUCCAUUCGGUUCAAGUCAAUGGACUGUUAGACAAAAAGGUUAUAUCGAAGCUUUGAAACUGGAUACAAUGUUUACACCUCAAGUUCUAAUUCAAGGUACAACUCAAUGCGUCGGUACUGAUCAAGAUGCUGUCCUCUCAAACAUCAGAUCUGCUGCUCGUUAUCCGUCUCCCACAUUACAGGCAACAUUUGAGAGGCCUUCAGCAGACACCUUACAGGUGUCACUAACUGGACCUUUGAGGACAAAGAUUGACAGCCGUGGUGUAGACAUAAUGGUGGCUCUCUAUGAGAAUGGACUAGUCACUGACUGCCCGAAAGGUGAAAACAAAGGUCGUGUCCUCGCCAACGACUAUGUUAUACGUAAAUUUGAGAAGUUGUGCACAGUGAAAGAUAUAUCUGCAAAGAAAAGCAUAAACGGAACAGUUAAUUUUGCACUCUGGGAAGGUUUCAAUAGUAGCAAAUGUGGUGUUGCUGUCUUCCUUCAAAACAGCUCCUUGCAGACAUUUGGUGCUCAGAACUUCCAGUUGCCUGAAAACCUAUGAGAGAUUCAAAUUCACGGAGACAAUUAAACCAUGCUAAUUUGGGACUGCGUUUAUUUUGAUGCUGGGAUUGAGUUUGAACUAGCUAUUUUAAUGUGUUUAAUUUGUGGGAGUUAUUGAGACAGAGAGCACUACACUUGUAUUCUUCCUCUAUUCAUUUAUUUUUUUCCCUUCUUUGAACUUUUAUUGUGUUCUAGAGCAGUUAAAACUUCGGGAUUGAAUUUAUUUUAAUUUCAAGCUCUCAAAGAAAAAGAAAAUGAUAUACUAUCUUGUAACUAUGAUGAACCGAGAAACCUUGAUGCUAAUGCUUAAAAUAUAAUCGAACUUUGAUUCA